UCUGUGACCUGACCUACUAAUGGAAACAAAUGUAGCAGGUUUCCUCUGAAGACUACAUGUCACAAUUUAACAAUCAGUGUGCUCCAAUGGAGUCGUUAAACAAAACAUACCGUAAACAGACAUUAACUUUGUAAAGAUUUAGCUCUGGUUUGUCAUAUGGUGGCCAUCUUCAGUUUUGACAAGUUCUUGUGAUUAUUAAUUUGUUAACAGAUAUGUUUCUUUUGCAGCCCACCAAUGAUGCUUACAUAAAUAUAUGACAUUUGGAUAAAAGUGAAUGGAGGUUUAAGCAGCAUGGACCCAAAUCAUUGGUCCAACUAUAACCAAGCGUACAGUCGCCUUGCCUCAGGCACUUUGCCUACAAGCCAUGGCUUUCCACUGUUGGAACAAGCAGCAGGUUUGGGCCUGGGUGCAUCACUUCAGACCCAUGGAGGAGGUCUGGGAUCCCGACCUCUCGGUGCACUUCCGACUGUGAACUACCCUGGUCAUCCGCUGCACAACACCAUGACACAGUUCCUCGACCCCAUUGGAUCACUGCCUUCAUUGUCAGGACAGUCAGCAUACAAAUCCAUGGCCAUUGGUCAAAGUCCAUUUCCAUUUGAUGCCUCUGGACGAUCCACUGUUGACUUACAAGUAACAUAUGCACCAUCCCGUUACUCAUCUGCUACACCAAUCCCUUCUGAUGCAAAACCAUCUCUAUUUGGAAAUGAGCAAGUCUCAAGUAAAGAACAGUCAGUACCCGCUUCUGUGUAUUCAGCGUCUCUCUCGCCAGUCAGCACAGAAUCAAGUCCUAAAGGCUGGGGACUGUCAAAUUUUCUUCCUGCCCCUACAACACCCUUUGGAAAUGUUUCAGAAUCCUUGAGCCCAGAGUAUGGGCCAACCUCCCUAGUGUCCACCCAGCUAGUUCCACCUCCAGCUCAUAACUCUAGUGGAUCCCGUGUCACGACCAUUCAGCGAAACCCGUACUCAGCUGAUAUGCUUUUUACUUCAAGCACUCGAAACGUAAAGUCAUCACAACCUGAAAUUAUUAAUUCAUCUCUUAUGCCAUUGUCUUACAGACAGAGCAGAAGUCAUAAUAGUAGUUCGGCAUCAAAAUCCUCACAUUCUCACAUGUCUCAUCACUACUCUGCAUCACCUUCAGAAAUUGAGGACCUCUCUGCUCCUGCUCAACUGUCAACGUCUCACUUGUCUCGCACUGAGUCACAGUCCCAACUGUACAGCAGCUACAACAUUGUGUCCUCUGAGUUUAGUUCUGUUGGAGCAAACAGCCCUGUUUAUACAACCUCACAGCUUGCAGCUGAUAUGAACUAUGAUCCAGUUAGUCCAGCCACUCCAGAGAUUCCUGCAGAUGCUGACCAUGCUAAUGAUAACCCUUUUUCAUCUAUGUCUCUUCAUGAUCUGGCUGCUCUAGAACAAGCACAGAGAAGUCUGUCUGAGAAAGUUAAUCAUGAACAACAGAGUAGGGAACUUCAUCAGAGCAGAGACUUACAUUUACCUCAUGAUUUACAUCAGAACAGGGAGAUACACCAGAGUAGAGAAUUAAAUCGAAAAGAAAUUCAUGAAGUUGGAAAUCUUCUCCAUAGAGAUCUUCUGCAAAGCAGGGAAAUCCUUCAUCCUAGGGAUUUGCUUCAGAGUAGAGAGAUGCAUCACAGUAGAGAUGUACACCAGCUGUCUGAAGAGAGGAGCCACCUUGUAAAUAUGGUUCAGCAAAUUGGCAUGCAGCACACUCCACCAGGACUGCAUAAUGGUCAAAAUCCACAGAAUGUCCACAGCCCAACACAGCAAUCUCCAAUAAGUAGUGGCAGCCCUCAAAUACCUCUUAGCAGCCCACAUAGUCUAGUGCCAUCAUCGUCAAUUGUCCAGGCGCCACCUCCUGUGCAAGCGAUGGCUGAUUCUACAACAAAGCCAAAACGUGGUCGCGGAAGCAGAGGACCAAGAGGUGCAGCAGCAGCAGCAGGAGUAGUAGUAGGAGGAGGUGGUGGAAGUAAUGGACGGGGGAGACGAAAGAAGUCAAAAGACCUUGAAAUUGCAGACAUGAAUACCCAAGCAUACAUUGCAGACCUACAGAAACACCAACAGGGAUAUAUUAGGGAUUUGCCACCUCAAACACAAUUACCUUCUCAGCACCAAAGCUGUUCUGACAUCCACUCACCAACCUAUAGAACUGGCAUGUCAGAGUCUGUUACACCUGGCCUACAUAGACAGAUGUCUUUGAAUCAGUUGCCAGAACACAUGCAGAGAUCACCAAUGCAAGAACCUCCUCUUACUCCUAGCCUUCAACAAAGUAUUGUCGAACAGAUGCAGGGCAGUCACCAUCGAAUAACUAGCCUUGCUGAGGAUAUGCUCAGCAGGCAGUCUUCAGUUUCAUCUCUGAACAGUGGUCAGCAACAAUCUCCACUACAAGAAGCGAUGGCUAUGAUGACCAGUGGUCAACGUCCACCAUCUGUGUCAAACACAUCACCAUCAAGUCAUACACCAAUGUCCAUGGAGAACAUGGUAACAGGGAACACUGACAGUGGCAGUCUCCCCGGUCAUUCAGACUCUCCUCUCGAACACAGGCAGCUCAAGCAAAUAGGAAAUGUCCAAGAUGAUUCAGUGUUAGGAUCCAUUGAUUCCAGUGGUUAUUCAGUGAAUGGAUUUGAGACUCCUUUUAUUGACCAGCUUGGAGAAAGUCCACAUCAUCAUCAAAUGCAGUCUUAUUCUUCAGAGCAACUUCCCAUUCGAUCUGUUUUAAUGUCACCUGGAAUUAAUUCUGUCAACCAGUAUCAAGAAGCCCUCAGUGAAGGAAUGUCGGUUGGUGCGUAUGGCCAUCCCUAUCACAUGAAUGCUGAUCACCACCAUGUUGCCGACAUGGAUGUGAAUACUGUGGAAUCCACAAUUGAUGAAGUUACUUUUUCCAGCCUUAUUGAUGAUUCAUCUGAUAAAAAUAAACGUAGUCGGACCAAAGCUGAACAGAAACUAUUUCCAUCACUGACAGUUACACCUGCUAUUGAUCAGGAUGAGGACCUUUGUCACUUAGCAGUACCUCCUUCUUCUGACCAUUCUGUUAUUAAAAGGAAGGAAGAACCAGUUAGAAAACCCUUUGGUCACUCAUUCCAAGAUUCAUUUUUGAACUACUUGAUGGGUAAAAAGCAAGAUACACUGGAAAGUGUUAGCAGUAGCACCGUUCAUAAAAAACCUCAGUUGCCAAAGUAUAUUCCUGAACCUCCCAGACCAAGACCUCCACCAAUAACCACUACUAAAACUGAUAGCGACUCUGAUCUGGACAGUAGUUCAUCAGGUGUAGAAUUUUCAGAUAGUGACAGAGAAACCAAUAAAUCUUUGUCACGAGCAGUAGCAAGUGCUAUAUCAAAUCUAAGUGAUGAUGAUACUGUCCCUAUAGUCAGCAAACCUAAAAGUAUUGCAACAAAAACAGGUGAUUUGAAAUUAAAAAUUACAUUACCUCCAAAAUGUGUUUAUAAUGCUAGUGAUGACAGUAAAAUAAAAGGUGGUCGUGCUAGUAAACCGGCUGUCAGUCCAAGGGCUAGUAAACCAGGCACUGCUCCACGAGUUGGACGGUCAAAGGAGGAGGAGGAGGAGGUGGUCGUGGAAAGGGGAAGAGAAAGAGCUUUGACCAGGAGAUGGAGUUCACAGUCCCUGAACAAACUGUUCUUGAAGACAUCCCUGGUUUUUUUUAAUAUUCUCCAUUUUAUGAAGAUUCCUAGUAGUUCUGUAGAUAGAGAAUGGUUGGCACAGGCAAUAGCCUGCCUUAAAACACAAGGCUUGUCUAUUGGUGGGCAUUCAUCCCGUGCAGUUGCCCAUGAGACAGUAAAUGAUGUUUCAGAGUGGUACAACUCGGAUGUGAGUGACUCGACAGAUGACGAGUACAUGCCCAGCGAGCCCGAGCCUGAUGUUGAAAAAGACUACGACUCGGACAAAGACCCGGCUUGGAUGCCGGUUGAAAUGGAUAUAAAACAGACGGGAUAUGAUGAAAUGAUUGACAAUCGACCAAGAAGAAAGAGAUUUCCUUCAAAAGGAAAGAGUACUGUUUUGUUUAACAGUCGAGCCCCAAGAAGUCGCAAUAACAGUGGCCGGCGACGAUCAUCAGUGGUGGAAACUGAUCCCCAAGUACAAGAGCAGCCUGCUGACGUUUCUUUAAAUAAAAUCACUGACCGAGAUUACUUGGAAGACAGUGAUUCUAAGGAUGAGAAAUGUAACGAUUCAGAGAAUUUCCAGAUUGGAAGAUUUCUGAUGGAAAAGAAAGAUUUAGACAAUUAUGAGAAUUACCCCAUCUGGAAACUGGAACAGGGUCGAAUGAUACACAAGUACGAGUUUUUCAUUGAGGAUGGCAAGAUAAAGCACAGAGACGUGUCCACUUACUCCAGCUGGAUGCCUACCAUGAAGGACCAAUUCUGUCCAAUCAGAGUGCGGGUUUUGUCGGUGAACAAGAGUGGUGCCGAACACAAGGAGAUUGUGGAAGUAUUGGAGGAAUACCAGCCAAAACCACCCGUAGAUGGCAGCCUGGAAACGAAGUAUGAAGAUGAUCCAUUGGUUGAUCUGUUCAACGUGUAUCUACAGAUCUUUCUCAGCCAGUCUCUUGAGCCCGGCUUUCUCAAUGCUAUCACAGAGUCACAAGAUAAUUUUUACUUGUCAGCUCUUGAAAAGAUUGACAAAAUGAUUGGGCUGAAGCUAGAAGAUGUAGAUAGAAAAAUCAAAUGGAAACCAGCAUUCAAGGAAUGCUUAAAAUCAAAGCCAGAACUCAGAGAGAUUGAUCGUCCGAACCUCAAACAAAGCUGUCAGGCUUGUGAAAAUUCUAGUCCACCAACCAUCAAAUCGGUUCAUUUUACAGGCAUGCUAUACGACAGGUUUGACCUGGGAGAAUUGCCAGAUGUGGUCGACCACUCAACGUCAGCGGAAUUUAUGAUUGGGAAGACUGCUGCUCAAUUUGUGAACAUUUAUCACAGUUUAUAUCAUUUCAAAUAUAACCUGUAUAAGAAAUGUCUCUCAAAGGUGAAGUUAAUGAAGGAGAGUAUUGACCAGCUUGGGAAUGAAGCUAUCUUAGACCAGUGUCUUCAGAAUAGGGCUUGGGUGCUGAAGAUAUUUGAAGAACUGAAACGACUACUGGACAGAAGCUGACGUGGUUUUUACUGAACAUAAUUACGACAUGUUUGCCUUACAUAGACCUUAUGUUCAUGCAUGGACAUUCAUGAUGGAGCCCACUUGUGCACAAGUCAGCGAGACCAGCUUUAAGACAAAUAGUGCUCAUUUACCAAUAUUUUAAAUUGGAUUCACUUUUACGAUGUUUUGUGGUGGACAACUUUUUAGUAUUUUUUCAACUCGUCUUGUGAUAAUAUGAAUUAAUAAGUUUAAAAAAAAGUUCAUCUUUUGUACUACUAGUGAAGGGAUAUGCUAGUAUAUACAUCAUUGUGUAAGUAACAUGGUGAGUAGUUUCUGUUCUUUUCUUUUCCAGGUUAGGAACAUUCUGGCUAAUUGCCAUUAGCUGUAACUCCUGGUAUGAUGAUAAUUUAAUUAUAGGUGCUUUAGUAUUUAGAUUCUAAAUGUUGAGGAAUUCUUCUGUGAUGGGUUCAUCUGUGUUGGACACUUUGAGUGAGAUACUGUAUGAAAUGUAAAUGUUUUAUAGAUAUUAAAUUUAUAUUAAUAUGAAAUGUAAACUUGCAGCAAAUAUUAAAUGCAUAAAAAUCAUAUUAGAUGACAAACGUGUAUAACUGUUCAACUCCACAUUUUAGCAGUAUCACCAGAGUUCACCAGGUAGACAUUUUUUAUGAUUACAUGGAACUGAUUUCUGUUAUUUACUAAGAUUGUUUCUAAUUUACAUACAUUUAUAUAAAACAUGAGUGUUUUAUAUGAGACAUUUGUUUUUUAUAUAUAUAUAUAUAUAUAGAAAGUAUAUUAAUAGUGUUUGCUUCCUUUCACCUACGUUUGCCACUGUUGCAGUGUUUUACUUGAGAGAAGUAUUUUAAUGUGGAUUUAUAAAUUAAAAUUUUGCACACAUGAGAAUACACAUGCCUUGUGUGUAGUUUUGUAGGAUGAUGAAGUUUCAUCCAUUGAAAAUAAAUUGCACAGCAAGUUUGAGAUACUAACCUGUGCAAUAUCCCUAUUACCAGGUGAUGCCCUCGGCAGAGUGACUCCCAUAGAGUGUUCAGUUGCUUAUAGUAUACCAUGUGAUACGCAGUCUCUUUCGUAUUGGCAAGCUGUGUUCAUUCAAAUAAACCUUUGCUGCAUAGUAUCUCUGAUUUUGUAAUGUUAUAGUUAAUUUAGAGGUCACGAAUUCUGAAGUGAUCUUUAAUACAAUUAUGUAUUUAUUUAGAUUGCCUGUCACUUGUAAUGGAGGAGCACUGAGCUAUGGUAAAGUUGAACUUUUUAAAACAGUACUAAAGGACCUGUCUCAAACACCUGAACAACCUAACUCGUGAACCCCACUCUCGACAAUAUAGUUGUAACCAUGUAAUUCAAACUUUUGAUCAAUGUACUUUUAUGACAUUUUAUUAUAUUUUUGACACAUUAUUAUCAUACAAUACCAUAACACAAAAUAUCAACCAUUAAAUGAAAUUAGUUUGUUAAAGUAAAAAAAAUUUUUUUUUUAAAUAUACCAUUGGUGAAUUUAGAGAGUGGCAAAGCUAGCCUGGCUAUAGUUUUAUGGUGAUAUGUUUCAGUGUUACAUACCAUAACAUGCAGUGAGUAUGCACAACCUUAUUAUAACAGUUUCACUAAACUUAUAAUUGGUUUAUCUGAUUCUUGCAUUAAAAAUAUCUUUGUUUUUAAUACAGAAUGAUUUAGACUUGUUUAAAUGUCUGCUAUCUGAAGGUUGAGAAGCAAAGUGUAUUGUGUAAGAUUAUGGAUUGUGUAAAAGGGAACGUGUGUACUGUGACCAUGUAUAAACAUUUAUAUAAUAUUGAUCGAAGAGAGGGGUGGUGCUGAAAUGUAAUUUUUGUCUUUUGUUGUACAUGUUGCAUAAUCAGAAGAAAAACAAUUUCUGGCUGUAAAUAUUCUCUCAUAAUUUUACAUAUUUGCAUGCUGCCUAUCAGUGUAUAUACAUGCGUGUAUGUUUGUGUGAUAUAACAUGCAUACUAUUGUCAGGAUUAUUUAAAAACAGGCUCUGUUUUUUUUUUUAAGAAAACAUAUUUCUAUACCCAGUCUAAUAUCCAAUUAUGUUUUCCACCGUAGGGGUCGGAGACAUUGCCCAUUCUGUGUGUUCUUUUCUGGAGCUUAUAGACAUUUUGUUUCCUGCCUUGCUCUGUGAGUCACUGCAACUCACUAAAUUGCAGGAACCUAUUUUGUAUACCAUUUGUAUUAAGGUUAUGUGUAAUUUGGUUAAAUAAUGAUAACCAGGGGUGUCAUCAAGUACACAGAACUCUAUAAAAGAAACCAUGUGUAUUAUGAUACAUGUAAUUGAUGUAGUGGGAUUCAAGUGGUCAUUGCUUUAGUUGUACAAUAUAGGGAAAGGUCUUUACAUGGGCUACGCAUGUUCCCGUCUGUUAAUAUUAACAGAAAUAAAUAUUGUUUACACCAAAAUGGUCAACAAGUUGAAGCAAUGGAAUAAAUAUAUCUGCAUUUCUAUGCCCCCAGUAUAAACGAGUUAUAACCAGCUUCUACUUCACAAAUGUUUUCUCUUAGUAAAUGUAUAUAAUAAUACAUCUAUGUAUUAUUUAUCUAAAACCUCAAAGUUAGUUUCAUUUUAAUAUAUUUUUGACAUCUUCGUGAGCAAGAGGUUAAAAAGAAAACUGUAGAAGCAUUGGGUUUUUACUCGGACACCAUCGACCUUGUGUCAUAUUUACUCAAAUUGGACACUUGGUUGGCACUUUUGUUUAUUAAACGGUGUCUGGAAGUGGCAUUGAAUGUUUCUUUUUCCUUCAUUCAACAAAUGGUGCACUGCAGACUAGCACUGGAUAAAAUAGUGGAAGCCUUGAUGGUCCAAUCUUUGUUACUUUGUUCAAAAUCUUGGACAUCCAAUAGCCGAUGAUUACUAAAUCUUGUUAUGUUGUUAAACAAAACAAACUUUUAAACUUUGUUCAAAAUCAUUUUCUUGUCGGUCACUAUUUUCAAGUCAUUAUAUUUACUGUUAUUUUGACAAAGAAGUAAUGAUAAAAUUGUUUUUUUAAGAGACUUGUUUUGUUGCAAAACCCCCUAAAACAAACAUGUUACAGAAUUCCAGUGUUUUUCAUAUAUGUAAAUUCAAGUGUGACAAACCAUAUCACAGAGAUGGUUUGCAUACCGUAUAAUUUAUUUCUAGUCACAGAUUUAUGUAUUACACUUGAAUUAAUCUUUUAGAUAUACAUUUAUUAUCAAAUUAGAUAAAUUAUUUAUAUUAUUUUCUGAAAUAAUGAAAACCCAAUCACCAUAUGGCUAUAAUUAUGAUAAAAAGUAUAUUUUUUGCCUUUGAUUCUACUGUUGCUUGGAAGAAAUAUUCUAUUCAGUAUAAUGUAGAUUGUUAAACUCUAGUUGUGGAUGUAUGCUUACCUCAUAGACAAUUUGCAGAAAAGAUAUAUUAAUAAAAAUUGUACUAUGAUUUUAUUUAUUUGAUUAGUUUUGUGAUUGUUGAUUUUCUGUUUAUGGUCAGAGUAGAGCUAAUGAUGUGAUUUUUAGAGUAACAUUGCACGUUUGGUUCUCGUCAGUAGUGUAGAUUUUAAACUGUGUUGGUGUGAAAUCAUCAUGGUAUUAUUUAAUGUUACUGUUUGUAUUCAUCUGUUUGUUAAAUAAAGCUGAGCAGCUG